UGAGGCUAUUGGCUUACUGGGAGCCUUCAGUACUGCUUUUCCUUGUCUGGCUGGGAGACUGCUGCAAGUUUGGAGUGUCUGUACAUGGAAUAUGAAGAGGAUGAUGAUAUUUCCUUUGCAAGAUGGAUGAGCAGUUUCUGGGGCCACAGCUUGAUUGAUGAGAAUGAGAAAGAGAGUAGAGGCCACAAGAAACGUCAAACACGAUCCUUUAGUGAAAGGAGAGCCUCCCUUCCGGCCAGGCUUUCCUCUCUCCAUACAACACGACUUCAUGCCUCUGCCAAAGGUUCAUCUUCAGGUCAUCUCAAGGGCUCCAAGGAAUUUCAAGAAGACCAAGAUGUCAAAUACCACUGUCACAAGAAGGCAAGCAGAACACCUUCAGCAGACAGCUCAGGCCCAGAGACAAGAUCAAACUCCAUGCAGGAAUUUGCAGAGUCCUUUGAGAAGCAAUUGCAUUUCAAGAGCAAACGCUCAGUUUCUUUGCAACCUGAAGGCAUGAAGGAGAGAAGAGAGAGAUUGCAUCUGAGAAAGAACAAGUCUCACAAGAGAAUGGGAGAGAAAUCAGAGCCAGGGAGAGCACAGAAAGACGAACACUCAGAAGCUAUACCCGCAAAACACAACAAACAGUUCCCAUCACAAGCAAGCACUGAGAAAGAAUAUUGAUGCACAGGCAGCUAGAAUGUCUUGGGCUAAUGAAUUUUAGCACUAUCUCUGAUGAACAGAGGGAGCAUUCUUGUUUUGACUAGAAGAGGCUUGUUAGCUAGAGCAAACCCAAAGCUGCAAAAUGAAACUAAAAUUCAACUGCAUAAUUGA